ACUGUGUAUAGGAAGUAGACGCGACGGGGGCACCGGAGCCUUCCGCGCAUGCGCACACCCCCCUCUCCCUCCGCUUACAGUAAUGUUUUUCCCUCCUGCACUACAUGACCCAUGAUCCUCAGCGAGUUGCAGCAGCUGUUUUUGUUGUGAUUGAAGUUUUUUUUUCCGGACCGGGGGGGACAGUGUCUCCGGUGAGGGGAUCGGUGAUGAUCAGUAGAUACUGAAGAUGUUGCAGUUGUUCAUCCAGUGGAUCCAAUUUUUCCCAUUUUCAGCAAAAGUUUUUAUUGCGAAUGGACCAUUGAUCCUCUGAGUGGCUUUGUCACAGUCAUCUACACGUUCAAUUAAAAAGAUUCAAAAAUGAAUGAAAACUCAAUUCCGGCCCCCAUAAACCUGUCAUUGCACAAGUAUCGGUGUAAUGUAUGCGGUAAGAGAUUUAAUAAUGAAUCUGCCUAUUUAUCCCAUCAGCUGACACACACCAUUAAAAAGGAAGAGGACUCCCCUACACAUGUCAGUGAGUUUGACUAUUCCCCCCAAGUUCUGCCGAAAACAGAACCAGUACAGUGUUCGGAAUGUGGGGAUUAUUUUUCAUCCCUUUUCCAACUUCACGUCCAUUUUAAAACCCAUGUGAAAGAGCGACCGUUCUCUUGUAUAAAAUGCGGGAAAAGUUUUAGCUGGAAGUCAAAUCUUAAAAGACAUUUGAAGACUCAUAUGAAAGAAGACUUUGUGAUCUCAAGAUGUGAUAACGAAGAUGCAUGGGACGAACUUGAGACCGAAGUGAGACCGUUUCCCUGUUUUCAGUGCGGAAAGAAUUAUACAUGUAUUACAUCACUUAAAAAGCACCAGAAGCUGCACUCCUCGCAAGGGGCACAUGCCUGUCCUGAAUGUGGAAAACAGUUCUCUUCGAGUUCUAAGGUGAAGAGCCACCUAAAAACCCAUUCUGGCGAGAAACCGUUCCAGUGUAUGAAAUGCGGUAAACGUUUUGGCUGGAACUCUAAUCUCAAGCGACAUCAAAGGGUCCAUAUUGGAGGCAAAGGAUGCAAACCAUUUAAUGUACCUUCAAGCUCCAACAUGGACACCCAAACUCUCAAUGAGUGUGCUGAGCUGUUCACCAAGAACGUCUACUACGUGAGCAACGAUGAGAUCCACACCGUGGUUAAGCUCUUUCCAUGUUUAGAGUGUGGAAAUUAUUUCAACAGUUGUUUGGAUCUGAAAAAGCACCAGCGCGUCCACAAAAGGCAGAAGACCCUUAUUUGUAGCGAAUGCGGGGUAACGUUCACCUGUAGAUUUAAAUUCCGCAGGCACCAAAAGGUUCACACAAAAGAGAAACCAUUCAGGUGUCUCACGUGUGGAAGAUGUUUUGGGUGGAAAUCGAACCUUACCAGGCACCUGAAGGUUCACGUCAAUGAAAAGCCUUUGGUUUGUCAGGAAUGCGGUAGGAAAUUUUUGUGGAGCUCAAACCUCAGAAGACAUGAGAAAAUCCACAUAGGACAAAGGAUUGUGGCAUGUCUUCACAACAAGUCAACUCUGACCUACAAGAAGGUUAGUACUAUUGCAAGCAAAAUGGUUCAGACAAGGUAUAGAGACGUUGCACAGACAGGCCCGGAUGGUUGUUUUCUAUCCAAUUCUGGGAAGCAACAUUAUACUCUAGCAGGAGCCAAACCGUAUGGAUGCAUUAAAUGUGGUACAAGAUUCCGGUCAUAUUUUAAUUUUUUCCUUCACAAAAGGAAUCAUGCAAAAGCAAAACCCUUUUCGUGUUCUGAAUGUAGCGAAAGGUUUUCGACUAAAAGACAUCUUCUUCAACACGAGAGCCUUCACAAUGGGGAAUACUUUGUCGUCUUUUAAAGAGCCAAAACAAUUUUAACAUUUGUAAUUUUUUUUCUAUAGAUAAGAACAUCACGUUCACAAUGCUAGAAAAACUUUAUGUAGAACUUGUGUGCAAAGACCAAAAACUUGAAAUAGAUGUUGUGUGUAUGUAAGUUUCAUGUAUAUAUGUAUUGUUGAGAUGGUGAAUUUAAAGAUUUAAGUACAAGAUUGUUGUCUAACUAGGAAACCUAAUAGGAAGGACACUCACAAGUUAAGUUGGGAUUACAUUCUCCAUUUUUGUUAAGAUCCAAAUUGGAAUUUGAUCUUUAUGUGCAGCAAUUUUUACACUUUGGUGCAAACAAUGACGCUGUAUUAGUGGUGCGCAACCUGAUGCCGUUGUGAGUCCUGGCCGUUAUUUUUGCUGAUGUGUCCCAAAAGACACAAAAACAACUAAACGCUAUCUGCCGGUCAGUAAGCUUAAUUGGACAGUCUGUGUGUCCAUGGGGCAGUCACUGGCAGGAACUGUACAUGCAGGUACUUGAAGCAGACACUUUGUAUGGAGCAAUCUCUGGAAUGCACCAUAUAUUGGGCCUCUUGAAGUCCAGUAGUGUGGCCCUCGAGCUAAAUAAAGUUUGUGCACCUCUUCAUUGCUCGCAGUAUUACAUUAUAGUUCUACGCCCAUUUUUUUUUACGUCUCUUCUGCAUCUAAAGUACGAAGAAACUUUUCACAUAGCCUUGAUGGAAAAUAUUAGAUUGUUCGAUAGUAGAAAUAGUACAAGUUUUUAUCGAAAUUUACCAAACUAAGUAUCACGUUGCAGCUCUAAUUCUCAAACUAUAUUUUGGAGCUUACUCCCUGAAGCCUGCAAUGUCCUACAAAUGUAGUAAAGUAAAUGAGAAAUAUUUAAUCUGUGACUACGCACAUCUGGACCCGGUGUAGGCUGGGUCCUCCACAAAACUGUGUUUCUCUACAUGUGGUUUAUCGACCAGAAUCACAAUCCUCACCAAUGUCUACCAUGAGCCAGCAAAGCACAGGUAGUAUUGGCAAUAGGAGACCUGAACACAUCAAACCUGUUUCCUAAAGCGUAAGUCCAAUCACGGUUUGGUGACAGGCUAUCUGUUCAAUUCACCAGCACCUACGUAGCCCAAAAGAAGAACGAUCAAGAUCAGUUUUUAUGAAACACUGUGCAAGUUGUAUGGACUUCCCGCAAAUCCAUAUGCAGAUCACUGUAGUCUCAGGAUAAGGAGUUGACUGGAGAUUUAAACAGAUAUCCUGCUAAUGCAGCUUGAUUGGAGUUACACUUUAAAUUGUACUUCCAGUUUUGAACAACUUUCUCUAAAUCAAUAGUACAAACAACGAUAAGAAAUUUUGUAAUGUAUCUUUCUGGUACAGUAAAAAACUACUUUCGCCACUUAUCAGACUUAUUCUUAUUUCCCCCCUGCUGCACCGAUCACUUACUCUUAAUUCACUGAUUAAAUCUGUACACUUGAGGCGUACAUGACAGAUUUUUACAUUUAAUGCGAGAUCAGGUUACAGCUGCUGCUCCCCUUAGGCAUCUGUGGUAAAGAAAGAAGAAGGUAGAAGCUGCAGCGAGAGACACAGAUGCUGUUUCCAGUAGAUGUUUUAUUGUAACUCAUACCAACAUGUGGCAGCAGCAUGGAAGACAUCACACACAGUAAUAAGCAAAUUUGCUAUGAAUCCAGCACUAGGGUGAGACAAUAGAGAAUGUAUUAGAAAUGUCUGCAGCUGCUACUUCUUUCUCCUGACCCCUCUCAAUUGACUUCUCACGGCAGCAGCUGUAACCUGCUCUUUCAGUAAAGCAAUAAACUAAUUUCCUCUCGCCAUCAUAUGUAUGGGUUUUUUCAAUGAAUUUAGAAUUAGUGAUCAAUGCAGGAGGCAAGAGGAAGAGAAAGGAUUUAUGGAAGGUUAAGAACUGGAGGAACACAUUAAAGAAGUACUCCAAGUAAAACAGAUACACGGGGGUUACUCAUAGUAUAACUUUUUUUUUCUAUUAUCCCCACGCUAUUGGCAUAUAAAACAAAAAUGUUGACUUACCUGCCACCAUUGCCCUGAUAUCGCUGCUCCCAUCCCCUGCUGCACUCGCAUUACACUGUGUCACACUGCUGCUCAGCUAAUCAUCAGACGCAGCGAUGUCUAGCCUCAAUCAGUGAUAAGCUGAGCAGCAGUAUGACGUAUUGAGCCCUGGCACUUGUAUUCUUCCUGGUGCCAGGCUCAAUACCUCACACUGCCGCUCAGCCUAUCGCCACAGUGUGACGUGUCAACCACCGGCAACCAGGAGGAAGACCACACCGGAGGACGGGAGCAGCGAUGUGGCGAAAAAAAAUAAUUAUUUGACCGUGAUGUAUGAAUAAACCUUAAGGCACACAGGAAAUAAGCCUUAAAGAAAUGUAUAUGUGAUUACUGUGCAAAAGAACUUUCAGGUCACGAUUGUAGAGGAUCCUUUUUACACACUUUUCUAUGAACUAUUACUAACCUAUUGUUAUUUAAAUUAAUUGUCCUAAACUUUUUACUUGCCCAUUAAUUUGACAUAGGAGAAUGCAUUUUUAAUGAUUGUUGAAAGUGUCUCAGUAGUAUUAAAUAAGGCUACAUUCACAGCAUUCAGGCACUAUGGUUAGUGUACAUGUUUGAAAAGUGCCAUGACAAUAUGCCCCAGAUGUAUGCUGUUGCAUGCCUACAUGGUUGCAUACAUUUACUAUUAAAGGCUGUUGACACAUUUUGAAUUGCAUUUUUAAGUUAUUCUUUUGUUUCCUGGAUGCAGAAUUAAGCAGCCUACUAAAUAGUCUUCAUUAGAAAUGUUCUACCAUUUAGUUUCUGCUAAAGGGAAAGAAAAGAUAAACCCAUUAGACAGACUCAGUAUUAGAGAUAGCAGCAAAGAGGUAAAGGGGUUACACAUCAGCUCAUAUUGCGAAUGGGGGGAGGAUCCUUGAAGAGCAGCUCCCACAGGCUGGAGAAAGAGAGGGGAGCAGAUACAAAGAAAUUACAAGUGAGAAUCACAUGGGGAGUGUAGAGAGAAAGCAGAGCACCCACAGGAAACUGCAGAGGCUGUAGGAGAGAAAUUAUGCAGCAUUUUUAAUUAAGACUUAAAGAGAAAGUGUUUUUGAACCAAGUGCAAAGCAAGACUUUUAAAGAGUAUCUGUCAUAUCCCACAAAAGGUAUAUGUUACUCAGUACCUAAUUCUGAUCAUAUAAUUUUUGUGUAUCUAGGACCUAUAUUUCUUUCACAAACACCUCUAUCAGUGUCUCACUUGGUUUAUCAUUCUGUGCUCUGGAGGGGCGUGUCCUCCCUCUGCAUGACUCAUCUUCCUCCCUGAGCCUGCUGUGCUGGGUCUAUUCGUACAGUCACUGCAGGCAGCAGCUUUUUUUUAACCCCCUUCUCCCUGUUUUAAUUCUGCAGUCUGAUAGGACAGGACUGAGCACAGAAGAGUGCUAGUUCAGCCCUCACUUACUGGACUUUGUCCCUAUCUGUGCUUCAAAUGGGACAAAGAUAAUGCUGCAGCCAUACAAGGUUAUAUUCUGGAUGGUAUGAGGACCCCUAGUGGUCUUUUUAUAAGCCAUGAUAUCUAUAAAAUUUAUAACAUUUUUUUAAUGAAGUAUAUUAGAAAGGUUAAUGUUUUGCCAAGAUGUACAACAUAUAAGAAGUUUUUGAAUCUGACAGUGCCCAUUUAAAUAGGUAAAGUUUGGUGUUCAAAAGGUGUCCAAAGCCUUUAAGUCUUGCAUGUAUUUUUUUUAUUACAUACAUAUGUAUUGAAAACCCUAGUUGACUACAUAUUUCAGUACAGUAUACUAUUGUUGUGUAUCAGCCAAAUGUAUCAUAAAGUUACAUUGUAGUGACAUGCAUCUAAACUUAUAGAAGUCAUGUUGGGUAUAUUAGAUGUAUACCAAACUUAAAGUGGGCCUCUCAUCAGGUUUUUAGGGUAUAAAGUAAGUGCAUGGCUGUGUAAAGGCUUUUGACCCUCUCAUUAGUUAAAGGGG